AUGUCGAGUCUUUCCUAUGAAUACGUCUGGUGGCCUGCCUCAGAGGCUUAUCUGAAGGACCAACGCAUCGCCGACGGUGUAUUCGCGAUGCUCAAGACGAAGACGCCGCAUGCCAUCUACGGCGGCAUCGGCCUCGAGAAGCCCUAUGCGCGAUGCAUCAUUGCGUGGGACAAUACCGAGGCACACAACGACUUCAUCAGGUCCUCUGAUUACCCCGUCCUCGGCGGGCGCCUCGUCCCUUCUUUCGCGGACCCCUCAAACCCUGGGAUGGGCAUGUUCCAUGCGCACUACGACUCGGACCCUUCUGCGCUCUUUGAUGCACCGUUCACAGAGUUCGUCAUCGCUACGGUGAAGACGGGCGUCAGCGUUGAAGAGGCACGCGUUGUCGUAGAGGGUAUGGCGAAGAGCGUUGCUGGUGAGGAUGGCGUUGUCGGUGUUAGUGUCGGGAGGGUUGAGGAGGCGCCUGAGCGGUUCGUUGUUCUUGUGGGUCGUCAGAGCCAUCAGGCUGGCAGCAGCCAGGAGUACCAAGCUUUGACUAAGGGUACCGUCGAGGUCGAGUUCGAAUGGGCUACAUUCGCCAAGAAGCAAUGA